CCCCGGGAUGAGCAAUGAGAGGGACAGCGGGCGAUCGGCGGCCGGGGGCCCCCGCGUGUCCUACUUCUCGGAUAUCCGAACAUUUCUCGUCGCCGAGUGCCUUCUGAUGCUGACGCAGGGUAUCAGCGGCGCGUAUUUAGUCAGUAUUCUAACAACGCUUGAGAGGCGAUUUGACCUGCACAGCACUGAACUGGGAGUGAUUGCGAGUAGCUUUGAGAUCGGAAACCUCAUGAUAAUAUUGUUGGUGAGCUACUUCGGUGGCAAGGGUCAUCGGCCUCGACUGAUAGGCUGUGGCGGAAUCAUAAUGGCCAUAGGGUCUUUAUUCUGUGCAUUACCCGAGUUCCUAAGCCAUCAGUAUCAAUACAAGCAGGUGGACAGAUCAGUGGUGAAGAACACCUGUCUGGCAAACCUUUCCUCGGAGGAAGAGCAGAUUGAAAUGGAGAAGAAUCUAAAAACGUGUGCAGAAACAGAAACGACAAACAUGAUGUAUGUCCUGGUUAUUGUGGCACAGGUUAUCAUUGGGGCGGGAGCAACUCCCAUUCAACCGCUUGGAGUCUCCUAUAUCGAUGACCAUGUACGGAAGAGGGAUUCGUCACUUUAUAUUGGUGUCUUGUUCACCACCAUGCUGUUUGGUCCAGCAUUCGGCUUCAUGCUGGGUUCUUUGUUCACCACCAUCUAUGUGGAUGCAAUCUUCAUUGACACAGCCAAAUUGGACAUCACCCCAGACGAUCCCCGAUGGAUUGGUGCUUGGUGGGCUGGCUUCCUCCUUUGUGCCGGGCUUCUGUUCUUCUCGUCCCUGUUUAUGUUUGGAUUUCCUCAGGCCAUGCCGAAGAAGCAUGACUCACUGAGCAAAAGUUCGCAGCAGCCCAUGCUCCCAAACAAAGGAUACAAGGACCAGCCAAAGCUUACCACCGAAGCCAAUAAAACCAAAGAGGGCAAACAAAGCAGUGAGGCCACGUGCACAGAAUACCUGAGAGCGAUUCCGCAAGUAACCAAGCAGCUGCUGAUGAACCCGGUCUUCACCUGCGUUGUGCUCUCCGCCUGCAUGGAGGUGGCUGCUAUCAGUGGCUUUGCCGCUUUUCUGGGCAAGUACCUGGAAAGGCAGUUUGGUCUGAGUGCUUCAUAUGCCAAUCAGUUCAUAGGUGUCACUGCGGUUCCUUGUGUGUGCCUUGGAAUUUUUCUGGGUGGCUUUGUACUGAAGAAGAUGAGCCUUACUCCACUGGGGGCAAUUAAAAUGACCAUGACUGUCAACUUGCUGUCGACUGCCACGUAUGUGAUGCUGCUGUUCCUGGGCUGUGAAACGGGGCCGUUCGCUGGUGCAACAGUCGCCUAUAAAAACAGUUCCUUUGAUGGAUUCAAAAGAGAUCUGACUGUGGUAUGUAAUGAAGAUUGCAGAUGCUCAAAAGAGAUGUUAAACCCGGUCUGCGGGUCUGACGGCAUCACCUACCUAUCGCCAUGCUUUGCUGGAUGUACCAACAAGAACCUUACCAACUGUGCCUGCAUCAACACUGAUUUUGCCUGGAAUGCCACGGCCAUGCCUGGUCAAUGCCCCAAAACAAAUUGUGAAUACGCUUUCCCGGCCUUCUUUGCGGUUGUGUGUGUGGGAAGCCUGCUGGGCGCCAUGGCACAGACGCCGUCAGUAAUGAUUCUCAUCAGAUCCGUAAACCCUGAAUACAAAUCAUAUGCUCUUGGUGUCCAAUUUCUUAUGCUUAGAUUACUUGGUUUCAUCCCACCGCCACUCAUUUUUGGAGCAGCCAUUGACUCCACUUGUCUGGUGUGGUCAGAAACUUGCAAUAAAAGUGGAGCAUGUGCUUUAUAUGAUAAUCAUUCGUACAGAUAUCUCUACGUCAGUAUUGCCAUAGGUAUGAAGACUAUUGCCUUUAUAUUGUACACAACCACUUGGCAUUACAUAAAGAGCCAUUCCAAGACGUACGUUCAAGGAGAUGAAGACUCACUGGGCCGAAUGACUACUUCAGAUCUCUUUGCAUCAACGUUAACGUUGGAUGCAGCCACAGGGGAUUCAAACAAAUCAUCUGGAAGGACAACAUUAAUUUACCAUUUGGGAGAGAAUGAGAUGUGUGAAAACAUUGAGUCUGUUCUUUAACAUCUCUGCGGACUGACGUCAGCAUUGUGAAGAUAUAUAGUUUUGUAGGGAAAAAAACAUUUUGAAACAUCUAUUUUAAUGUUUUUAUGCAUCAAGAGGAUACAGUGAAAGGCAACUGGCCUUAUAAAAUAUUUUUUUUUAGAUCUUCCCCUGGUUUAAAUUACAACAAUAGAUAUUUUGUGAUUCUGAAUGGUUCACAGUGUAAGUGAACAAAAUGGGAUGUGCUAGUACGAAGAACUAGCAGAUCCUAACCAGGAGCAGUAUGACUCUUGUGAUCAGUCACUUAACGAUAUGUUCUAUUUAAAUAGCUUUUAUGCUUAUUUUGCAUUUUGGGCAGAGAUAUAACAAACGGCAGCAUAAAAUGCUCUCCUGUGAUCUGCAAAGUAUGCAAACAUGAAAUGUUUCAACAAGAGUAAGAUCUGAUUCUGGCCCUAGUUUAUCCUAUUUAACCCAAUGCUUCAAAGCUUGAACUUCAGAAUGCCUCUUGACCACAGAACCCAAAUUAACAAAUGAUAUAAACUUCUGAUUAUGUAUUUCUUUUUUCCUCCACCGGCCAAAGUUUAUCAAGCAUCAGAUUUAAACUCACAGCCAUCAUGUAUAUUUGCAAUAUUAGCAUUUCAUAUUGCUUGUAACGCGACUGAAAUGGAACGGUUUAUUCUUUUUAUUUUAAAGCCGAUGCUCUCAAUUAUUCGCACUAUCAGAAGCUGACCAUUGUUUUGCAAUAUCUUGUACUGUUACGAAGGUGGUGCUGCUACGUAGCUAGAGUCAUGAAUACCAAACGGUGCCUCGGGUCACUUAUGAAGUACAUAAAACAAAGCCUGAUGCUCCAUGACACAUCAAUUAUUUAUUGUUAAAGCAAAUUUUAUUUUCUUACUGGAAAUAUAGAAAGAGACUAAGUAACUAGACAGAGCCUAUGCCAAUUGAAUGAAUACAUACAUAUUGAUUUACGUUAAAUACAUUAACAGCUUUGAGGUGUGAGCAGUAACACUGGCAAGGUAAAGCAAUAGUUUUUUCUCCCCCCAGGUGCUCCCCAUCCAUUACCAAAUGCCAAGUAAGAUGGCGUCAUGAUGCUAAAGCUCAAAAAAAUUGCUCAGCAACAUCUUAAGGUUAUCAUCUCACAUCAUGAUUAAAGCAAGUUACUUUAUCAGCUGUGUGACAUAACAGAAGAUUAAAGACAGCACUGACAGAGCUGUUUCAAUCUUUGCGCUUGCAUGACUACACCAGCUGCCCCUCCUGUCAGAAUUCACACUCAUGUUGCUGAUUUUGCCCUCACUAUUUCUGGUGCCUGUGUGCCAACUGUAAAUCGAGUUACAUGGUUUGCACCCAGUAUGAAUCUAUAACAUGGUUCAGUGACCACAGUUAAUUUUGCAAAGGUUGUGACAAUGACAAAGCCACACCUGUAUUGUUCAUGCCUUCUUUAACCGAGUAAAUUUUAAUACCCCAACUUUUUCUACAGCAGGAAUAUAAAGAAUAUCAGUGUAUAUUAUAUUGAAACCAAUUUGUUUGUAUUAUUUAUAUCAUGCUUUAUACCAUAGAAUUUUAAAAGAAAAAAUG